AUGGCUAGUGAUGCUGGUGUUGGUGUUGGUGUGGUGGUGCAUUGGUUUCUCGUUGAAUCGAGUAACGACAAAACAACAAUAAAGCCGAAUAAGAUUUGGAAGAACAAGAAGCAGAAUAACAAGAAGGAGGAGCAAAAGAAGGAAGAUACUCUUCGAGUAAGAAGACCAAUUCCCAGAUCGCAACCAAAAUAUCAAUAG